AUGUCACGCUUCUCCAUGCACAUGCAUGCUAACAUGUAUAUACAAACAUACAUACAAUACUAUGGGCGAAAUCAACCUUAUGAGGUACGAUCUGGUGUCUUUUCUUCUUCCAACUCAAACUAUAUAUAUAGCUGAAAAUCUACGAUACACAUAUACAAAAAAAAGAACACACGCUCUAAAUUGACACCCUUUGUCAUAUAAAAGUUUCUGUAUAGUGAUUUUUUACCCCCACUAACUUAAAUCUAGAUCCGCCUAUAUACACUACAACAUGUAAACAGUUUAUAGAAGCUGCUGGCCGGUAGUCGGAGAAAAUAGAAACGUGUCUGCAUUUAAGAAAGAUCAACAAUACCCAUAACUAUUUUCACCAUUUGAUAUAUCACGAUUAAGAUGGACAUGGAUGAACAUGUGAAAUUGGUUCCGAUAGCCAAUGUAGGAAGGAUAAUGAAACAAAUCCUGCCACCAACUGCCAAAAUCUCCAAAGAAGCUAAAGAGACAAUUCAAGAAUGUGCAUCAGAGUUUAUAAGUUUUGUUACUGGAGAAGCAUCUGACAAGUGUCACAAGGAGAAUCGAAGGACGGUUAAUGGAGAUGACGUCUGUUGGGCUUUCAGUUCAUUAGGUUUUGACAACUAUGCCGAGGCCAUGUUGAGGUACUUGUAUAAAUUAAGGGAGUUUGAAAGACAAAGGGCAAAUCAGACCAAAGGUUCAAAUGAUGAAGAUACAGAUGAAGCUGCAAGUGAAUCUGAGAAUCAAGAAAUUACCACUACUUAAAGUAUAAUGGAAAGCUCUAACUGAAGGGGAUGAUUUUGAUCAGUCUUGUAGUUUCAACUGUGAAAGAUUCGGACCAUUUUUUUUUUGGUUCAUGCUAAUCUUCUCUGUGUCGUUCCAAAUCUAUUAAAGAAUUGACUAUUCCGGCUAGAGACAAUCUUCAAAUUAUAAUCAUUAAUGUU